ACUUGAAAAAUAAUAAUGGUGAAAAUAACAGUAAUACGCAAGACGUUGCUACGCUUUUCAUUGUUUACAAAACGCGGGAAUGGGAGGAAGACGAGGUGGCGGGAGAGAGUGAAGCUGAGAGGCUGUGGCACCAUGGAUAUCCGUCGAUAUUUUUCUCCUGUUGGUGGGAGCAAACCAGCAGGAACAUCACAGCACUCCAAGGGAAAGAAAAAGAGGAAUGUGAUUGUUAUAGAUGAUUCAGAUGAGGAGUUGCCUACCCCAGCUGUCACCAAGAGGCAGCGCACCAUCAUUCUGGACUCUGACUCAGAUGAAGAUCUGUUCAAGGGGACUGAAUGCAAGAAGAGUAGUAAGGAGGAGAACGUCUCCAAGACCAGCAAACGCAAGCCUCAACAAAAACCUGAGUCUCCCAAGUACAAGCCCAUAACUGCCAAGAAUUUCUUUGGCACAGAGCCUGUAACCUCCAAGGACAAAACCACCUCCAAGAAAAAGGAUGGUGACAGCAGUGAGAAAGCCUUUGAAAAAACACUACAGCAGCUAGAUGAAGGGGAAGAUAAGCAAUUCAAGGAAAGUAAAGGGAGUUCCAAACAGCGCUCAGCUGCUGACCAUAGUUCAAAGUCAAGUGAAAACUUUCAGAAAACCUUAAAGCAACUUGAUGAGCAGAAGUCUCACUACCACAAGGAAGGUAAGACCAUUCCCAAACACCCUUCUGUUGAGGAGCCUAAACCAAAGCCAAAUGAAAACAGUCCUCCGGAAAAGAAACCUUCAAAAGAAAUCCCUACCAAGCAAUCAGCUGCAAGUAAAUUAAGCUCAAAACUGAAGAGAUUUGAAUUUGGAAAAAGGGAUCAUGGUAGCUGCCAGAAUGAAGGAGAUGAACUGCAGCACAAGGACAAGAAAGUUAAACUGGAGUCAGAAGAAAAGGAAAAGAUACCCAGAGACAAACGAGACAGUCCCCACAAAAAGGCAUCACCACAAAAAGACAUUAAUGUCAAGAGUGAACAGACAAAGAGCAUUAAGGAAGAGAAAAUUGACACUGGCCCUAAGAAAGUGAGUGGGCCAUCCAGCAAAGAGAGAACAUAUCCGAAGGAAGAGAAGAAGGAAGUUCUAGUGGAAGAGAAGCAUUCUAUGCAAGAAAAGAAGGUAACCCCCAAAAAGCCUGCUAAAGAGAAUACCCAAGCACCAGACACAACACCACAAGAUGAGAAGAAGAAAACUGCAAGAAAUGCAUACCUCAAGUUUAUGCAGAGGUCUGGGCCAGCCAAUCCCGGCAGCAAAGAAAUACCUGAGGGAAAGCCAGACUGUCUCCAGGGACUUGUGUUUGUCCUGAGUGGUGUGUUUGACAGUCUGGACCGAGAAGAGUCCUCAGAGCUCAUCAAGAAGUAUGGAGGGAGAGUCACCACCUCUGUGAGCCGCAACACCAGCUAUCUAGUAGUAGGUGUGGAGGCUGGUGAGAGUAAGCUGAAGAAGGCUGAGCAGCUGGGCACUAAGCAGAUAGAUGAGGAUGGAUUGCUGGAGCUCAUUGCAACACUGCCAGGGAAGGAGAGCAAAGAGGCAACCCCCACUCAAGGAGGUUCUGGUUUAAGUAAGUUGAAGAAAUUUGCCAGAGAGAGUGAACCUAAGGAGCCACCCAAACCUUCUCCUCAAUCAGCCAGCCCCAGGACACCCAGCAGCUUGGCCAGCAGCCUCACUAGUGCCACAACUCCCAAGAGGUCACUUUCAAGCUCCCAGGCAUCUUUAGCAUCUCAGGAAAGUGGAAGUCCCUCCUCAAGUACUUCCUCUCCCAGAACACAGUCCAUCUCCUCCCAGGAACUGAGUAACAGAUCAGAAGAGGCUCUCAUGUGGGUAGACAAGUAUAAGCCAGCCUCCACCAAGAACAUCAUUGGGCAGCAGGGUGGUGCAUCCAAUGUCAGGAAACUGCUCAAUUGGCUCCAGAACUGGCAGAAGAACCAGUUGGGAGACAAGAGACCACCCAUGCCCAGUCCAUGGGCCAAGGAUGACACAGGGGGAUACUACAAAGCUGCCCUCCUCUCAGGUCCUCCUGGUGUAGGGAAAACAACAACAGCUCACUUAGUGUGUAAAGAGAUGGGAUACGAUGUUCUGGAGCUGAAUGCUUCUGAUGCACGAUCAAAAAAAUCCAUUGAUCAGAUUGUGUCGGAGCUUCUUGGCAACAAAAGUCUGGCUGGGUUUGCAACAGGAGGAGGCCACACGAGCUCCAGGCAUGCACUGGUCAUGGACGAGGUUGAUGGAAUGUCUGGCAAUGAGGACAGAGGAGGAGUUCAGGAGUUAAUUGCUCUUAUUAAGAAAUCUAAGAUUCCUAUUAUUGCCAUGUGCAAUGACAGGAACCAUCCCAAAAUAAGAUCUUUAGCAAAUCACUGCUUUGACCUCAGGUUUUACAAGCCUAGAGUUGAACAAAUAAGAGGACCCAUGAUGAGUGUGUGUUACCGGGAAGGCAUUAAGAUCAAGCCUGAAGCCCUGGACCAGAUCAUUAUUGGGUCAAACCAGGACAUUCGGCAAGUCUUGCACCACCUCUCCAUGUGGUCAGCCAAGGAGAAGAACCUCCAGACUGAUGAUGUGAAGAGGGAAGCGAAGAAAGCCCAGAAAGACUUUAAAAAGGGUCCUUGGGAUGUGUGCAGAACAGUUUUUACUGAGUCUGAGCACAAGAACCUUAACAUUCAUGAGAAAUCGGCUCUGUUCUUCAAUGACUAUUCAAUUGCUCCUCUCUUCGUCCAAGAAAAUUAUCCGAAGGUUGUCCCCCAUAGUGCAAAAGGUAACCGAAGGGCAACUCUGGAGCAGCUGGCCAAGACUGCGGCCUCAGUAUCUGAUGGGGACCUGGUGGGGCAGCUCAUCCGGUCCCACGGUGCUUGGUCCCUCCUCCCCACACAGGCCAUGUUUAGCAGUGUUAUCCCUGGGGAGUACAUGUCUGGCCACCUGUCAGCUCAGAUUGAGUUCCCAGCCUGGUUUGGUAAGAACAGUCGGCGCAACAAGCUGGACAGACUUGCACAGGAGCUUCAGAUGCACAUGAGGCUCAGGAUAUCGGGAAGCAAAAGGGAUGUGGGCAUGGACUACUGUGAGAUGAUGAGGGACACUAUUGUGACUCCCCUGGUGAAGCAUGGAGCUGAAGGAGUGGAUGAGGCAGUGGAGGCCAUGAAUUCCUAUGAUCUGCUGCGGGAGGACCUGGAGUCACUGCUGGAGUUGUCAAGCUGGCCUAAUAGCAAGAACCCAAUGAGCACAGUGGAGAGCAAGGUCAAGGCAGCAUUCACUCGUAAGUUCAAUAAGGACUGCCACUUGACACCAUUUGCUGCGCCCUCCAUUAAGAAGAAAAAGAAAGGAAAACCAUCUGACUCGUAUGGGGAUGAAGAGGAGGAGGAAGAGGAUGAAGAAGAGGAAGAAGAGGGCUUAGCAUCAAGUGGCAUGAUAAAGGUAAAGGGAGGAGGCAGUAAAGGGCAGGUAUCAACAACAGGAGCUGGGAGGGGCAGGGGAGGAGGAAGAGGAGGAGCAGCAACAGGAAGAGGAGGAGGAAAAAGAGGUAGGGGAAAGAAGUAAUUGUGGAUUAAGUAUGAAUGAUUGUAAUGUACUAAAUGCAUAAUGUAACAUAAAAUGGGAAGUCGAGGAAAAGAUACAUUUCCUUGAGUAAAGGCGUGUAAAUUGUGCUGAGGUUUUCUAUAUGUGAUACCACUUAUGCUUCCAAGUUUAGAGGCAUACAUUCAUGUUGAAGAGAUUAUCUAUACAGCAUGGUGGUAGUACUUGCAUCAUACUUGCAUUAUGUUGCAUAUAUUUAAAAUGUGAAUACAGGAUUUAGAUUGGAAAAAGUAUUUUUGUGUCUGUUUUAUAUUUAAAACAUUUUUAAUUAAGCACUGUCUUUCCUGUAUUGGGAGUGUUUGAUGAAAUACUUGCUAUAUACAAACAUAGGCGUACCCUGAAUGGGAAACAGUCUGAGUGAAUGUACAAAAUGUACAAAACCAUUUCUAUCAAGUGUGUAUCACAAUUUGUGACAACUGCUGUACAUUGGGUGGCUUUAAUAAUUCUUUUUAUAUUCCUAACAUUUACAGUAGGCCAGCCAGUCCUCCAUACAGAUAUGCAUACAUGAAUGUAUGGCUUCUAGUUCAGAUUACUCAGGUUUACUCAUUCAGGAUUCAGGACUCAUUCAGGCCUGGAGUUCUGCUGUGAUUGCUGUGAAAAAUAGAGCUACUUGCUACCUGUAUAUUGAUGUCUGUACAACAUUUCUUUCUCUGAAAAAAAAAGGAAAAAAAAUC